AUGGAUGACGCCGGCGAACUUGAAGAUCGCGGGAAAUUUUGGAGACAAGAUGCAAGAUGUAAGUACAUAUCCAUCAUCUGGAAGUACAGUUUGCCCUCACCAUUCACACCUCCACCCUCUUAUUACGGAAUCAUGAUUCGACGGUCAAUACUAAGACAAAGUCGCACACUUACAGCCCCUGCGUUCUCCAGGUCAUUAUGCACACCGUGUUCGACUUCAAGGCUAGAACUAUGCAAAAGACCUCUCCAGCCAUCAAGCUUCAAAACAGUAUCGCCACCACUUUUCCAGCGAUGGCAGUCUACAGAAACGGAGAGGAAGCCAGAAGAUUACACUGUGCCACCCGAGGAUGCUCAGGCUGCCCAGGCUGCCCCGGCUGCUGAGGCGGAAAAGGAGGAUGCGCUGAAAAAAGAGCUUGAGGCGAAGAGUCGCGAGAUCAUCGACUUGAAGGACAAAUACCUCCGCUCCGUCGCCGACUUCCGCAACCUGCAGGAGCGAACCAAACGCGACGUCGAAUCGGCGCGCCAAUUCGCCAUCCAAAGAUUCGCCGUCGACCUCGUCGAGUCGAUCGACAACCUCGACCGCGCCCUCGAGGCCGUCCCCCAGGACUCCCUGACACCCGCCGAAGACGAGUCGGCCGACGCGGCCAAUAAAGACCUGAUCAACCUGCACGCCGGGCUCAAGAUGACCGAGUCGAUCCUGAUGUCGACGCUGAAGAAGCACGGCCUGGAACGCUUCGAUCCGGCCGAGGAGGGGAGGCGGUUCGAUCCCCGCCUGGAUGAGGCGACGUUUAUGACCAAGGUGGAGGGGAAGGAGGAUGGUGAUGUCUUUCACACGCAGAGUAAAGGGUUCACGUUGAAUGGGAGGGUGUUGCGCGCGGCCAAGGUCGGGGUGGUGAAGAAUUCGUGA